AUGAAUUUAGUGCAUUCUAUUGUGGAACGUGAAAAAGGAUUUGGUAAUUGCAUUUCAUGAUUAUAUAAGUAAAACAUUUUUAAGUAUAUUGCGAAUAUAAACUGAUAGGUUAUAUAUAAUCCAACAUAGUAUUUAAACGUAAUGAUCGAUAUAUAUAUUUAUGUGUUUCACAUGUGAUAUCCGAUUUUAAAGAUAAAAUAUGAAUUUUAAACAACAAAUUUUUUUUAGCAUCAAUACGCGAUUAUGACAUUGCUUUGUAUCGUUUGAAAUGUUAUGAAGACGAUGUAUAUAGAGGUAUAACACCAAAUACAAAUGCAUUGGAUUUUAAUCCAGAACCACCAGUUUUUGCAUGUCGGUUUUGUACUACAAAAGGAUACGAGCAAAUAAUUGCUUUAGCAAAUGAAGAUGGCAAAGUUGCAUUACAAGAUACAAACAUCAAAUGUAUGUCUGAUCAACCAUUGGAAGGAACACAGGCACAUCGUAAUGCAAUAUUUGAUGUUGCUUGGAUGCCAGGGGAAUUAAAAUUAGUUACAGCAUCUGGAGAUCAUACUGCGAGACUUUGGGAUGUAUCUGGUUCUGAAAUAAAACAAAUUGAUUGUUUUCAUGCUCAUACAAGAAGUGUUAAGACUGCAGUAUUUCGUUACCAAGAUCAAGCAUAUAUUUUACAAAACAGAAUAUUAAGUUCUAAAAAAGUAUAUCUUAUAGCUGUAUUUGCAACUGGAGCUAGAGAUGGUUCUAUCAUGGUAUGGGAUAUUAGAGCUAAUCAUUAUGAACGUCCUAAACCAGAUAAUUGUAUUGCUAAUGCACACAAUGUUGGAACUAUAAGUAAUGUACGACAACGUAGGACAAUCAGUCAUGCAUCCAGAGCACAAAGUAUUACUGGGUUGGUAUUUCAGGAUGAUUUCACUUUAAUUUCAUGUGCUGCUGGAGAUGGUUUAAUAAAAAUUUGGGAUUUGCGUAAAAAUUAUACUGUUCACAAAAAAGAUCCUUUAGCUAAACAUACAAUGAACUAUACUGGGCAUAGUACAAAAAAUGGAUUUUCAUCAUUGUUAAUAUGUCCUGCCAGAAUUACAUUAUAUGCUAGUUGUAUGGAUAACAUCAUAUAUGCGUAUAAUAUAUCAUCUUACAGUUCUAAACCAAUUGCAGAAUUUUAUGGACAUCAAAAUCGUACAUACUAUGUUAAAACUUGUUUAAGUCCUGAUGGGCGUUAUCUAGCUAGUGGUUCUAGUGAUGAACUUGCAUAUAUUUGGCAUACAAACAAACCAGGUGCUCCAAUUGUACAACUCUCAGGACAUACAGAAGAAGUUACUUGCAUUGCUUGGUGCAGUGUUCGAGAAACAAAAAUAGUAACAUGCUCUGACGAUUCAUGUCAUCGAAUUUGGAGAAUUGGCUAUGAACAUAAACUAGAUAAUGAAGAGAUACAAAUACGUGGUCGUGCAGAAGCUAUUUUUAAUAGAAAUCCUUUGGAUAAUUUAAAACUCGAAACUACACCAACUACACGACGUUGGGUUAUGCUUCAAGAGCAUACACCAGGAUCUGAUAUCACGCCUAAUGCUACACCUGGACCAAGUUCAUCGGAUGUUUACAAUCAAAUAGAAGAUAAUCAAGAUCAGUAUAAUGUUAGUUAUAAUGCUUCAAUGAAGAAAAGUUAUUUUCAAAUGAUGAAUGGAUCCUGGUCUGAUGGAAAAUUUAAGUCAGUUUUAUCUCCAAUACAAGAAAAUCUUACAUCAGAUCGUGUUGCAAAACGUAUUCAUUUAGAAAAUCGCGGUGCACGAAGAUUGUUUAGUCCGUAUAAUAAUAAUAACUUGUCAUUGAAUAGAGGCUAUGAAUCUGAUGAACCAAGCACAAGUUCAUCUAGUAGAGAAAAUAAAAAUAACGAAAUUCAUUUUUCACCUACAUUAAAUCUUCCAAAUUUUGUGAUUGAUGGUACAGCACCACAUUUACUUCAGUUAUCUCCAGAAAAGUACAAAGAAAAUGUUGAUUGGUUAACGAGAAUACGAAGAGAAAAAUAUGAAAAAGUGAGGAAAGCAAUGUCAGAAAAGUCGGCUAGUCCUAUUUCUUGUACAGCGUCUGCUAAAAGAAAUACUAGAUCACGUUCAACAGAACCGCAGAGAGUAUCUAAAAUGCCGAGAAAUUCACCUCUCUCUUUACUAAAUUUCUUUAAAGUUACUGGAAAAGAUUGUGAAACAAAUAUGUGUUAUGAUGAUACUAAUAUUUUGCAAUUUUGUUUGUUUGUCCCAAUGGUAAAAUACCAAUAGGACAUUGUUUAACUGAGUUAAGAUUGAGAUCAUAUUUCCUUACUAAUCCAGUUAAAACAUCGGAUAAAGUACCAUCACCUCCUGCAACUAUAAUAGCAUCAGUAGGAGUAUUUAGAUUCAUUAUGAUUUUACGAGCAUCAUUUUGUGACUCUGUCUGUAUUAUAGUUACAGCAAUUCCAGCUAAAUGUAAAAGUGGCUCGCAAUAUUUCUCAAAUAAUUUUUUUGCUUUCCUAUAAGUAAUAACAACAAUUAAUUAUGAAUUAAAUCAUAAAUAUAUUGUUAAUUCUGAAAUUGAAUUUAAGCAAACCCUUUUUUAGCAGCUGGAUUUAAAAUAAUGGUAACAUGACGUGGUUUUAUAUUUGUUGGAAGUGGAAAAUCGCCAUAUUGUGAUAUACUUUCACAAUGUUGUCUCAUUAAUUGAUUAAUACUGAAAAUAUUAUCAUUUUUUAAUAUUACCUCAAUAAUAAAAUGUAGUUAUUAAUCACAAGACUAAAAUUAUAUCUUACUCGUAUACUUCCUUACUAUAUGAAAAUCCAUAUGAUACAGCUGCACAUCCCACAACAGAUUUUUUCCAAUUAUUUUGUAUAGUUCGCAAAAAAUUCAAUAUUUUGGCCAUUUUUCAAACACUUAUAUUUUCAAUAACAUAACCUUAAUAAAGCUGUACUUUGUCUAUCAUUAUAAAUAACAUUUAAAAACGAUUAAGAACUUCAGAAAUAUACAAAGAAGAUUAUUUAAGGUAAAUAAAGUUUGUGUUUUUUUCAUUUUAUAUAAAAAUUAAUUUUUAUCAUCUGUAAUAAGAUAAUCUCAAUUUUAAUAAUACAUGUCUGUUGGAAAUUUGUGAAACAUGAUAUUUUAACUCUUUAAAAAAUUUUUAAAUUUAAAUUUAUUAAAGAAAAUUUCCUUUAAAAACUUUCCAAUUUUCAAUUCUUUUAACCACACGGUUAUUAUCAAUUGUAUGUAUUAUAUAAAUUAAAUGGAGAGUAAUUUUACACACGUGUUCUGUAUAGUUUACAAUUGCAUUGUAAACUAUAAUUAUUUAAAUUUCACAUGUAGAAUAUUAACAAAUAUUAUUAGUUUGAUUGAAAUUAUUAUUUUUCAAUAAAUUCCUUUUUAUUGCUAACAAAGAUAAUAUAAUCUAAUUUGUAUAUUUAAAUUUCAUAUUAUCGUAAAUGUAAAGAAAAUAUACGAAUUUUAUACAAUAAUUGCUCCAUUUAUGAUCUUUAAAUCACAAAAAUUGUCUCAUUAUAAUUAGUUAAUUAUUUUUUAUCAUUACAUUGAGUAUAAAUGAAACUUAUUUGUCCAAAGGAAAGACUCUAUGCGGAUUUGUCCGCGUUAUGUGCUAUCGUUAUAAAAUAGAAAAAUUUCAGACAUAGAUCAAUAGAGAUAUUAUAAAUUUUCUCUCUUUGUAUUUCAUUUCUCAAAUAGAAGAUGGUAGAUAGUAAACAAUAAUGUUAAUAUACACUCGAAUGUAUUGCAGUAUUAAGCGGAGUGGAUGAAGCCGUUCAAGCUUCAAAACUUAAGCUCAAUAGCACUACUAUAAGCUAA